UAUCCGCGCCCCAGAGCGGCGCUCGCUUGGUGGUUCUAAUUAAAGCGGCGCUCGGAACCCGGGGGACCCGCCUGACGUCGGCGGCCGCGGGGAUAAGAAGCGCCCGAGGACAGCGGGACUCGAAGCAGUAGGGUCAGCGCUGUCCCCGUAGGAGCUGUGCGUCCUGUGUCCCUGCGCUGGACAACUAGGACUAGAGCUUAAGAAGUAGAGUCGGGACUGGGGGGACCAAGGAGCGCGGCAGGCGCAGGACCGACAGCGAGAGCUCGGGUGCCCGAGGGCAACGCGGGCUCCACGGCGUGGGCGCAGGUGCCUAAGGGCAGCGAGGGACCCACAGCUGGCAGGUGCCCCGGCCUCCCACGUCCAGGGCCGCCCAUCUGCUCUGCGGCCGCGGACCUCCACAGCCCCCGCAGGAGGCCCGGCUUCACCUGUGGCCUCGCAUCUCCAAGAGGUGUCCAAGACCCUGCGCGCGGUCCCCGCGGUGAAAGAAAGUUGUGAGGCGCGAGCUCCGCGUGCGGGAAACUUGGGUGCCGGCUGGUGGGGCGGCGGGUCCCAAGACCCGCUACGCAGACCACCAGGGCCAUGCGCGUGUCCGGGCGCCCGCUGCUCCUGGUGCUGCUGCUGCUGCUGAGCACGGUGGGGGACCGGGGAUGCGCGCAGCCCCGGGGGCCUGCAGAUCGGCAAACGCUGCUGAGGUUGCUAGUUGAGCUGGUCCAGGAGCUGAAGAAAUUCCACACAGGAGACUCCAAGAGGCUGCAGCUUCUCGGAGAGUCCGAGUUUGCCCUGGGCCGCAGAGAGGCCACGGAUUAUGGGGCAGACCAAGAGGAGCAGAGAGUGGAGAUUGUUCCUCGAGAUCUAAGGAUGAAGGACAAGUUUCUGAAACAUCUCACAGGUCCUCUUUAUUUCAGUCCGAAGUGCAGCAAGCACUUUCACAGACUUUACCACAACACGAGAGACUGCACCAUCCCUGCAUACUAUAAAAGAUGUGCCAGGCUACUUACUCGGCUGGCUGUCAGUCCCAUGUGCAUGGAGAGAUAAGCUGCAAAGGAGCGACACACCAGGAACCUUGAAAAGUGCCUUGGAAACCAACAGAGAACAGAACCAUCUCCAUGCCCAUUUCCUGUGGACAGAGAUUUAUUUUUGCACUCUUCCAUAAUUCCUUUGCAUUUUCUAUGUUGCUGACAGUUUACAAACAUACAUUCAGCAAACCAGUGUAUCUGUUGGUGAGAUUUGCCAGUCUUAGAUUAUAAUAGAGAAGACACCACAUGUGAUGUAUAGUGCUAUAAAAUGAGGUAUUUCCCUUUUAAGAUUAGGUGGAAUCACAUGGAAUAAUUCUUUAGAAAUAUAGGCAGAACAUUAAACCAUAUUUUCAUAGAAAAUAUAGUAUGAUUUGACAUUUUGUAUUACUUCUACAAUUAAACUCCCAAAGUAUACUUUAAAACUGCAUGGAAAACUUUAAUGAAAACCAAAAAAACCUCAGUUGUUUUGAAGACAGUGGCAUAUGUAUCUGUGGAUAUGCCCAGGCCAGUCCUAUUUGUCCUCUGUUGAUGUAAAAGUACAUUCCAGCUAUUGUACAAUAUGUAAAUACUGUAAAUAAAUACAAGGAAAUAAAUGAGCU